CGCGAGCAGGAAUGAACAGCCCUGGAGGUUGUGGGCACAGCUCAAUUGGCUCAUUCCUCGGUGCUUCUCGAAGGUACGCGUCACGUCUGUUUGGUUGGACAGCCACCGAGUUGACUCGGAUGUCAGCGGCUGUUGUCAUCAGAACCUGGUUCUUGUGCUGCCACAUCAUUUUUGGUGGUGGCGCUGUCGUCACCUCCAACGCUUACGCUCCCCGUGUUCCCAUUCAAGAUGGAUCCAGUGUUACAUUCCUGUGGCUUUUUGUUUGUUUCCCAAUUAUUGAAGGGAGUUGCAGGCUUAUCAUGGGCGACACAGUGCUUUGCUCGCACCUUCACGGAGUACGGCAAUGUUUGGAAGCAAGUCGAGGACAGCCUCUCUCGAUUUCUGUCCCGGGGGCACUAUGCUCUUUCAGCUCACACCUUACAGACAUGUCAGGAAGCAAGGAAAGGUCAUUUUUUCACUCAUCGUUUACAUUUGUCUUAGUCUUUAAAAAAAAAAACACUAGUCAUUUUAAUGACAUUGUGAUAAAUAAAUUUUGGGUCUUUAAAUUGUUCUUCAAUCUUUGUUUUCUUCACAUAUUCCAAGCCGGCACUAUGUGUAUCGGGCAUGGGAUCAAUGGUAGGCCAUGUAAACUAUUGCAGUUUUUCGGCUGGCCAGCUUAA